UGAUUUAGCAGGCUAUGGCCAGAAUGCAACAAGGGACUAUUUUCCGACGUUGGAUUUAUUUUUUAUGUCAUGUAUCUCACAUAUGGAGUCUUGCAGCAGCACAGAUUGUGUAUUCUGUUACGGAGGAAUCGAGCCCCGGUACAACUGUGGGAAAUUUGGCGAAAGACUUGCAUCUAGAUGUACAAGAAUUGGAAUCUCGGGGUUUUCAGAUUUCAGGACCUAAUACGCAGUAUUUUGAGGCAAAUGUUAAGACUGGGAUACUUUUGGUGAAAGACAGAAUAGACCGAGAGGAGCUCUGCUCGCGUAAUGUGAAGUGCUCACUGGAGGUGGAAGCCAUUGUGAACUCCCCGCUGAAUCUCUAUCGCUUUGAGGUUAAAAUUCUGGAUAUAAACGACAAUGCACCCUCUUUUCGGAUACCUGAGAUUGUUUUAAAUGUGUCCGAGUCGGCUUUUCCUGGUGAGAGAUUUGCACUUCCGAAGGCAUUCGAUGCAGAUGUCGGCAGUUAUUCGGUAAAAGGAUACAAGCUGAGUCAAAAUGAACAUUUUUCCCUGGAUGUACAGAAUGGUGGAGAGCCGACUAUGUCUGCUGAAAUGGUGCUGCAGAAAGCCGUAGACCGUGAGAAACAGCCUAUAAUCAAACUAACACUGACAGCUGUAGAUGGAGGGAAACCUGCUAAAUCAGGCACGUUACACAUCACCGUUAAUGUUCAAGAUGUAAAUGAUAACAUACCAAUUUUUGACAAGACGCUGUACAAAGCCACAGUACCCGAGAACACGCUGCACGGUGCAGCCGUGAUUUCUGUGCAUGCUCGAGAUCUAGAUGAGGGUCUUAACGGAGAAAUACUGUAUUCUUUUAUAAACCAAGACAAUGAUAACGACGUUGAUAAAUUUGCCAUUAAUCCCCUAACGGGGGAGAUUACGGUAAAAGGUGAUUUGGACCAUGAAAAAAGCAACGCAGUUGAAAUACGGGUCCAAGCUAAAGACAAAGGGUCAAGUCCAAGAGCAUCUCACUGUAAAGUACUAAUUGAAAUCACGGACGUUAAUGAUAAUCCACCAGAAAUUUCAGUAACAUCUCUAGUAAACGUAGUUAGGGAAGAUGCACCCAUAGACACAAUGGUUGGACUUAUAACAGUGAGAGAUAACGACGCAGAUAAAAAUGGCGUUGUUCAGGUUAGAAUAGUUGAUUCAGUGCCGUUUACAAUUAAAAACACUUAUAAAAAUCAUUAUUCGUUGGUUGUAGACGGAACACUAGAUAGAGAACAAGCUUCUCAAUAUAAUGUCACAAUAAUAGCGACUGACGAAGGGGAUCCGCCUCUAUCUGGUACAAGCGUUAUUACUGUCCACGUGUCGGAUGUCAAUGACAAUGCACCGCUUUUUAAAGAGCCUUUGAUAAAUAUUUUUGUCAAAGAGAACAGUCCCGUAGGUGCCGUUAUCUACACUCUAACUGCAGAUGACCCCGAUGUAGACGAAAAUGCAAAAGUAACGUUUUCAGUGAUUCAUAAUAAUUCUAAAAACAAUAUAAUAGGGUCAGUCAUAAACGUCAACUCGGAGACUGGAGAAAUAGUCACCUUGCAGUCUUUUAACUACGAGGAGAUAAAAACGUUUCAGUUUAAAGUUCAGGCCACAGACUCUGGUGUUCCUCCACUCAGCAGCAACGUGACUGUGAAUGUU